GCCUGCCUUUUGGAAAGCUGUCUAAAUUCAGUUGUAUCUAGACUUUUGAGUUGAGUAUACCAUUGAAGCAUUUAAGGAAAAGUCUAGUAAGUUUGUUUUUGAGGCAGUUGUUGCCCAAUGAAAAGAGUUGCGCAGAGUGGAAAAAUUCGAAUUUUCGUUGAAUAUUGGGGUUUAGCCUUGUACGUUCUAGCAACAAUAAUGAAGGAUUAUGAAUGAAUGACUUGAAUGAAUGACUCCUCCCCUUGACUGCAGCUGCAUACUUCUGUGAACAUUCAAGAAUGAAAAACUUGUGGCUCCACCUCAAACCGAAAAACUUCUUUUUUUCUUGUUUAGCACUGGUACUUCUUAGUUGUUUUGUCAUAUUUUCAACUGUAAAUGAAAGAGGAAGACUGAAACCUAGAGUGUUUGAGAGGCCACGUCUGACAGUACAAUAUAAAAUUAAUUGCACAGCCAUAUAUGAAAUGGAUCCAGUGGAACUGGGCAAAACUUUAGCCAUUCGCAAUCAAAAAAGCUACGUAGGGCCAAACGAUGAGGCUGUUGUGAAUUCCACCUCUGACUGUGAUCAAUUUAUGUCACAAGGUUAUGAUGCGAUUCAAGGCUCUGAGUUUGAGCGUGAAUUUCCCCUUGCUUAUUCUUUGGUUGUUCACCAGGAUGCUGCUCUUGUGGAGAGGUUGCUAAGGGCCGUUUAUAUGCCACAUAACAUAUACUGCAUACAUUAUGAUCUGAAGUCCUCAGAUGACUUUAUUUCAGCAAUGAAAGGUCUGGCCCGCUGCAUCCCCAACGUCUUCAUUGCCUCAAACCUGGAGAGGGUGCAGUACGCGGGCUUCUCACGACUCAAAGCGGAUCUUAAUUGCCUGUCUGACCUCCUAGAUUCUGAGGUCAAGUGGAAAUAUGUCAUCAACCUGUGUGGUCAGGACUUUCCACUGCGGACAAACGCUGAGCUGGUGUCGGAUCUAAAAGAGCUGAAAGGCAGGAACAUGGUGGAGAGCAAGUGGCCUGGAGGAAAGCAAUGGCGCUGGACUUAUCAUCAUUUACUGAAAGAUAGUAAUUCAGAGUACUACAGCUCACCUGUCAUCACUUCUGAGAUGAAAUCUCCACCUCCUCACAACAUAGCCAUGUUCGUGGGCAGUGCAUACUUUACACUCUCAAGAGAAUUUGUGUUUUUUGUGAACCAGAGUUCCCUAGCAAGUGAUUUCUUGGCUUGGUCUGAGGAUACAUUCUCACCUGAUGAACAUUUCUGGGCGACUAUGAUCCGUGUGUCUGGAGUACCAGGGGAAGUGCCAAGUUCUGACCCUGAGAUCUCAGAACUAGCAAGUAAAACCCGUCUGGUGAAGUGGUGGUCUUUAGAAGAAAGAUUUUAUCCACCAUGCACUGGAGUCCGUGUGCGAGAAGUGUGUAUUUAUGGUUCUGCUGAGCUCAGAUGGCUCCUAAACUACGGCCACUGGUUUGCUAAUAAAGUGGAUCCAAAAGUGGAUCCUCUUAUGGAAUGUUUAGAAGAAAAACUUGCCGAAAAACGUCUGCAGAGAGAAGUAUGAAUAAUGCACUCUCAUUCCGGAGAUCAAUAGUGGACGUCAGGUUGUGUGUUGUAAGUUAUUCUCUGUCGCCCCCUGCUGUGUACAAAAGAAUGGAGCAUGAGUUGGUUCAUCAAUGAAAUAUUGCAUUGUUUACCAUAUUACCUGUGCAAAAUAGCUACAAAUUCAAAUAAUUGCUCCAAGUUAAAAAAAACAACAACUAAUAACUACAUUUUGUGCUCAUUGCAGAUUAAGUUAAAAUUUUAAGGUAAUUUUUUGUAUGUUUGAAAGAUACUUUGUAAAUUAUUUUAAAUUAUUAUUAUUAUGAGUUGUUUUUUAUAUUGAAAUAGUCUAGCAAAAUAACAGCAUUAAUAAAUGAAUUAUCAUGGCUUUAAGUUCAAUAAAUUCAAAAGUUAACCAGAUGUAAAAACGAAGUAAGUGCUCUUAAGUCUAUAGUCCUCUGUUACCAUCUACAUUCAUAUGCAUUGUUUUAUCUUCAUGCAGCAGCGUUAAACAAUUUUGCAGCAUGAGUGUACAAAUAUUUGUCAUGCCAAUAAAGUAUCUUA